GAACAAUCACCACCAUGCGUCGUAGAAGAUCAGCUUGUAGAGUCAACUCUGACAGCAGUGAGAUCGAUAUUGAUCUCUUAGGAGGGAGAUCCAAAGGCUCCAUGGUGAACGCGAGGAACUUCUCCGUAGCCUGCGUGUCUCAGAGAGUCCAUUUCAAUGCUGGGAUGACACAGACGCCACGCAAAAUCUGAGCAGCAUGCUGGUGUACCGCGACAGGGUGGUGGAGCAGCUCGACUCUGAACAAGGGAAAAUGGCUUAUCUGAGACAGGAGAUUUUGACUUGGGAGAGUAAGCUGGCUGGCCAGAGGAGAGGGAGCACCACAUACCACCGUCAGAAGUCGGAGGCAAACCAGACACUGAAGAACAGCCUCAUCCUGGAGAACAAACUGGACAGGGGUCGUGUUCGCUUCAACAAGCUUUUGGCCAAGAACGGGCAGCUGAGAGAGRAGCUGAAGAUCUUGCACGUGGAGAGGAAGCAGUUCCUCCACCUCUACUGCAGGAUGGAGAGGGAGCUGCAGGAGAUUCGCAAGGACAUCCGAGACAUGAUGGCUCUGUCCACUGCUGCUUUUGAGGCCAGAGUGGAGGCUCGGUGCAAAUGGAUGCUGCUGAAGGAGAAAAAGGUGAAGGACCUGACCCAGUAUGGCACGGAGGUGAGCGAGCUGCAGCGGGUCAUCUCCCACGACCACCGCCUAAAGACCUUCAUGAGCAUCAAGGGCAACGAGUGCAGCAGCCAGGAGGAGGGCCAGGACCUGAGCCGCAGACAGGUUGAGGAGAGGCAGCGCAGGAGACUGGGACUGGACACUCAGGGAGGGACUUUUGGGACUCUCGAUUCCUUGCAGGAGACCUUCCACAAGAUCCACUGUGUCACAGGGGAGGAGGACCUGCACAAGCUGGUGGGGACCUUCAUUCAGAUUGAAGACAAGAACUUUGCUUUGCUAAACUUUGUUAACGAACAGAACAACGAAGCCGAGACCUUGAAGGACGAAAUCAACCAGAUCCGCUGUGAGAUGGAGGUGUUUUCCAGAGAGGAGCACAGGCAGCAUGAGGAGAGCAGGGCCGUGCUUCAGGGGGUCAGUGUGCAGCAGCAGGCCACAGAGCAGCAGAUGGGAGGCUACCAGCAACGCAUCACCUCAGUGGGCAAGAUCCUCAACCAGCUGAAGACGGGAAUAGACAGUGUGUGCCACAACAUAGACUGUGACCGGUCAGUGAUCGAAGACAAGUUAGGCUCCUCGACCGGGAUCCGGGACAGCACCAUUAUGACUUACCUGGGAUUGGUGGAGCGCAGGACCAACGAGCUGCUGACUUUGCAGUCUUUCCUCAGCUCCAAGGACCUUGAUAAAGAUUACAAUCCUAGAAUGGUUGCCAGGCACCUCCUAGGGCAAAGUCCACCACUGCCUAGGCAAAACAAAACGGUUGAGCCUCCCACUUCUGGAUGCAGAAGAAGGCAAAGAUCGUCCGACCAGAGGUCCGAAAAUCAGCCUCCAAACUCAGCGUUGUGGCCAGCAGAAUCCACCAUGGCUCCCUAGGACUCUGAACUCAUCAUCCCUUUAUGAAUAUUGAUUGGACACACAAGGAAAUAGUUUAUUGACCUCAUCCCUGGUAGAUAGACAGACCUCAUCCUUGGUACCUUGACCUAGUCCCUGGUAAUCUGACCUCAUCCCUGGUAGUCUGACCUCGUCCCUGGUAGCUGCAGACUGGGGGACCGCAGGAGGCCCACUCCUGUGGAAAGCAGCAUCACAGCCCUGCUUUCACGAGCCAUUCAUAAUCUGUUACUUUUAUAAUGCUUCAUUAGUUGCAAAAUUUUGUUUAAAAUAAUUGAAGUAUUCAUUAUUUGUUCAUCAAAUAAAAUA